GGUGGGCUGUGUCAUGUGUUUACUCUGCAUUGCCCUCCAUGGCAGUCAAGUUGCUUUGUUGUAAUAUUAUAUUUAUCAUCGCGAAUCUCACAUAAUAAAUCAAAACUAUAUUAUUUAUAUGAAAGUGAUUUGUGCUCCUAAUCUAUCAGGAUUAUACAAUUUACUCAAACUUUGGAUUGUAUACAAGAUGCCAUCUGAAUCGUGCGGAGCCCUAGCACUGCUUUGUGUUGAUUCCAUCAAUUCAAGCUGUGAACGACCCAGUACAGUUUGAUGAGCUCUUGUGACCGACUAGACAGCAAGAAACCCAGUCUGAAAAGGAAGCUUUGACACGACUGACAAACGAAAAAUCUUCAAACAAUUCACUGGAUAAGAACCAUAGUAGUGGAUUAGAAAACACUUCUUUCCAUUCCAAUGAAACUCUUCCAUGUUGAUCACUAACAUUUUUGUCGAUUUAAUCACUUUUUCUGCUUCUAGCAGCGAUUUUGGUUCACAACGAACGUUUUUGCUCGUAUGUUCCAAAAUGCCUUGAAGUUCCAUGCACUCGCUAUAACUAUUUGCUUUAUCCCACCAUUGAGUUUUAAUUACUUGCUUAUUCACACCGAGAUUUAAAGCUUUAAACUGUGCAUGCAAUCGCAUUUUCUCAUAUUUCAUUGUUGGGAUAUUUUAAUCUAAAUUAUUUGACGUUUCAUCGGGGUUAAAAAUUUCAUGUUUGUUCAGUUGUUGGAACAACUAUUAUUCGGAAAACAAACGAUACACAGUAAAGUUACUGCACUUGAAGAUAAGAAUAGAGCUUUUUAAAUGUAGUUGUAUUUUUCUUAUGCAUAUUGAACAUUUAGUUCUCUUACUUUCAAAGCUUCAUUGUUAUCGUACAUUUAGUACUCUUAUUAUCAAAGCUUCUUUGAAAAGUGCCUGAGUUGGUUUGAUAACUAACAGCAUGCAUGUUGGUGUGAUUUCCCAAUUACCGUUGAUUGCACAGAAAUUCCAGCGUGAUCAGUAACACCCACUGAAAAUUUAAUAUUUUAUUGUUGUGCCAGCAAAAAAUUUUGAAAAUGGCCGCAGGAGAUUCUUUGGCGAAAUUAAAGUAUUAUACAACCUUGACUCUAGGUCUCGUGGCAUGCAUGUCAUGCUUUAUAUUUUUCUUCCUUAUUCCUUUCAUAUUAGAUCCUUCCGUGUCCACUCUUAUGGCAGACUUCGACCCAGAUCCUGUUGUUUGUAAAACUAUCUUGACGGAGCACAACUACGGUAUGAAAAACUGCUCCUGGUCAUCUUGCAAGAACGGUUGCACCGUGGAUCAGUAUGAAUGUGACCGAAUUUUCGUCAACUACAUGGCAAAGAAGUUUGAGGAUUUCGAAGGGACUGAGUACUACGAAGAUGAUGACGAUAUCUGGGUGGUUAAAGGUGUCCCAAUUUUCGUGAACAUCAAAGGUUGCGGUUACCCUCCUCAAACGAACUGUACCAUUUACGCUGACGAAUUUGGCCCAGUUGGUUCGAUCUUUCCUUGCUACUACUCCAGAGUUCGACCUAACCUCGUCAUCACAGACUAUUCUUGGGAAGGCGCCGUGCAUCCUAUGAUCAUGGCAUUGAUCAUCCCAAACCUCAUUACUGGAGUGUCGUUAGGCUUGCUCAGUUACUGGUGGUAUCCAGGAUGUCAAAAGAAAGAGAACUCUUAUGAAAUUCCUCCGGAUCAGCAGAGUCAGCAAGAUGGUGAAGAUGAAGAUAAGGAAGAUGACGAAAAGAAAAUCGAAGAUGGAGAUGGCGGGACUGAGAAAAAGAAACUGGCUGAAACUAAAAUAGAUAUAAUUUCCGAAGAUCAGAAGAAAAUGAACAGCCUUGCUGGUGUCGAAACUGAGAAGAAAGUGUGACCAGAUGACGGAGGACAACCAUAGCUACCACGCAAGCUGCCACCGCUCAGGACCAACAGAAGUCGUGUUCAUCCUCAGGCUUUGGGUGAGGAAAGCGCGCUACAGCCCGGCCCCAGUCAGGCGUUCACGGCGUCUACCUCUUCUCUGCAGAAAUUCUAGUUGGAAUAAUAUUCGUCUUACUUCACUACAUUUACCACUGUUCAAAGCUUAGUGUUGUAAUAGUUGUGAUGAAAUUUCACUUUUUGAACCUUUAAUCAAACGUUCACGAUGAAACAAUUCUCAUGCAACUUCACUGUAGACACUUUUGUUCAAUUAUUUUAGUUAAAAUUCUGAUCUAAAUUCAAAGUAUCCACACCUGUACACGUAUCCUGGAUGAUUUCAUGCAUCAACUUUAUAUCGGAUAAUUAUUGUAUCAUGAAGACCACGGAACAAUUUCAUUAGAAAUUAUUUCAACUGUGACCAUAUUAGUCGAAAUAUUUGGAAGUAAAUGCAGGAACUCGGCAAUUCAUUUUUAGUUAAAUAUUACUUUCAUGUGGAUCGUAAUCACCAUGUGGUUGUUUGUCUCAAAAAAUUGUUACAUUUAACACUAUGAAAAAUCCUCGGCAAUUAUAUACUUUAAGAAAAUUUACUAUCUUCACUCUCUACAUAUAUGCCUUUCGAUGCAUCUACGCGAUAAUAUUUCGAUGCUAAUAAUAAUAUUACUUAAGAAAAUAAAUACUUGAGAUAAUAUAACCUUCAAACAUUUCUUUGAAUCUCAAUGUAAGAGCUCAUUGAUUUUUCCGUCGUAGGGCUUUCAUUAGUUACCAGAGUUGUGGCCUUGAAAAGUAAAUCAAAAAGUUUCAUGCAUAAUGGCCUGUCAUUACAUCUCUUUUUGAAUACCCUAUAUUUAUUCCUUAAUUUUGUAUUCAAGCUGAUUAUUAAAGACUGGUAUAACCCUUUUGUGAUUAAUCUUAAUAUUUAAAAAAUCAUGAAGUCCAUUUGUUAAUUAUGUUGAAAACUUUUGGCUAAACGUGAUCCUAAUUAUCGGAACCAAAUAUGAAGUAAUUGAAUUCACUUCCGUUCCACUGAUACCAAACGAGAUGAAUGGUUAGGCAAGGUUUGCCCGAAGCUAUAACUAUCACAAUUUUCAGAACCAUCGAAGUACAUGGUAAGUUAACGUGAAGAUUUCGAUGAUUAUCUCGAUUACUAAUUCAAAAUGUCGCACAAUAUCUUGCGUACAUAAAAUAACAGAUAUCAUACGAAAAGGCCAUCAGUUCGAAGUGAUGUCAUAUACUUCAUUAUUGGUUCAAACGGUAUGGACACUUUGUUGGUUUAGUUAGCUCUGCAUUUGGAAUUUUUUAUGAACCAGAAUUAGCCUACAACAAUAAUGUUUAACAUACUACCCCUGCUGCUGGUACUUUCAAAUGGCAGCUAAAUGCGAUUAAUUAACUAUUCUCUUGCUUGGUUAUUGUUUUCCAAAAAUCUUAUUCUGCUAAACAAUGCAAAAAGGCUAAAUAUUUUUAAUUAUAAUCGUUGGAUUUAUAAGCUGUUCGAUGUUGGCCGAGCUGAACUAUAGUUCUUUUUAUGCAUUCAAUUUUUAACUGAGUGGCAUGAAUAUUUCUUAUUGCCUUGCCCUCUUAAAUACAGAAUUAUACAUCCAGCCUCACCCAGAUGGGAAAGCACAAAAGUGUUUGGAAAUAAUUCAAUGAAGAAUUUUAUAAGCUUACAUGGCAGAAAAGUAACAUAAAAUUCACGGUCCUGAGAAGUUUACAUGAAGACAUAUACGCGCCCAUAACAAACACAUGAAUGGCGCGUAACAAUACACAUGCAUGGCGCGUAACAAUACACAUGCAUGGCGCGUAACAAUACACAUGCAUGGCGCGUAACAAUACACAUGCAUGGCGCGUAACAAUACACACGAAUGGCGCGUAACAAUACACAUGCAUGGCGCGUAACAAUACACAUGAAUGCGGACGGUGGCAGUGCGAUGGCGGUUGUCCUCCUGGAGUCUUUGGUUCGAGUCUUUGCCAUGAAUUCCUAGAAAUUCUUGUUAUUUAUUCCCGUUAAUUAUUUAUAUUAUCAUAAGGUGAAUGUUCGAACUGUGUAAGAUGUACGUACCGAACAAGAGUGAGCGUAUGUGUUAUUUUGAAAACUUAUAGAAUGUUACAGCAGAGAAUGUAGAAUUUUAUUACUGUUGCCUGAAUUAAAAGAAAAGACGAUAUUGCUAAAAACAUAAUAUUAUCUAUUUCAUAGCGUGACUAACUAAAGUUUGUCAUAAAAUAUUAUUGAAUUACAUAACUAUUAAGUUUGAACAUGUCAGAAAAUCUGUAUUUAACAUGUGAUGGAUGCAAAUGCAAUGAUGAGUAGCGCUUGAAGUUCACCUAAGUAAAAACUAUUCCAAAUCUUUGAACUUUUGAAUUUGAGAAAUUGCGGCAGAGAAUUCAAAUGGUAAUCAUUGAUAGAAUAGAAUCAAAAUUAUAAGUUGUUAAUCAUUGCACGGCACAUACGGCGGAUGCUGCUUCACAAUAUUAUUCCCAAUUAGUGCACAGGUAACAAUGCAAUUACUCCCAUUACUUAGGUAUGCAGACCGCAGUUACUGAGGAAUGUUAUGGCUUUGAUACACGCACAUGUGACUUGUUUCCGUCUAAUACUAGCGCUAAACUUUCUCGUUAUUCUGCAAUGUUUUGUUUAAAUUUAAAGUUUUAAGCAGCACCUGAUAUUUUUUGUCUGUUUGUUAUAUGCUUGCAAGUUAUUGUAAAUAGAUACAGUAUAUAUGCUUACUAUUUGCGAUUAUCUACAUAUUUUUUAAUAUGCGUGUUACGCUAAGAUCUCGAUUGCACAAUCCACUGUACAUAAAUGAAAGCAUUUCCAACCCUACGCGUUAUCUUACUUAUAACUUCCGCUUUAACUUUGUGCCUCGAAAAACUGACUAUAUCGCUCGGGCCACGCACCUUUAUAUUAUAAUAAUAGAAUUUAACCAUAUAAGUAUUCUAUCAGUCACCGUUUCUUCUGAAUACUAUUUAUGGUCCAUUUAACCAUAUAAGUAUUUAUCAGUUACAGUUUCUUCUGAAUACUAUUUAUGGUCCAUUUAACCAUAUAAGUAUUUUAUCAGUUACCGUUUCUUCUGAAUACUUUUUAUGGCCCAUUGUUCGUUUGAACACUCAUUAUUGGUGCUGAAUUAGUUGCAAAUAGCGCUGAAUAUUCGAGGGUUAGCCACCGAUGAUACGCUCAUUACGUUUUAUAUUGUUGAACGGAAAUAGAAUUUUCAUCAAUUAUGCACCCGUAAAACAAUCAUUGUCGUCCCAUUAUUUGUAAGAGUUAGACUCGGGAUUGUAUCAGUAUUUCAUUUGAAUAUUAUAUCAAUCACUUAUAAUGUAUGUUUACUACUUUCAUCAUGCGUGAUAUGAAGCUAUUAGCGAAAUAGUUGGAUUUUAUUGCAAUUGCUUCAUGCAAUUGAUGGAUCUUAAUUGUACUUCAUCGUCGUUAGGUACAACUUCUGGUGACGAGACAGAGGCAAUCACGUCGUUGUCGCACGUCAUAAAAUAUUAAGAACGUCAAACAUUAUUAUUACUUGCUUAAUGUUCUUGUAUUUCAAUAUAAUUCUUCGUCCAUUAUCUUGCUUAUUAAUCUUUCUAGUCGAUUUUAUUUUUGGACUGCGCAGUUCUUAAUUAAAAAUUUUAAGACCUGUUUUCCAGAUUCCCUUUGAUAUUACCUAUUUCACUUUUAUUUUUUAAUAUUUUACAAAUUUUAUCGUCUGUUAUUAGCAAAAGAGAACACAAGGCUUUCGUGUUUAGAUAAGAAUUAAUAAAAGGAGCCAGCAAUACUAUUCCAUCCAGCAGGACAAAUCUUUAAUUUAUUCUAUUCCCAGCCUGGCUUAUUUACUGGCCAAAUCUGAAUUGUUUUCAUUUAAUCAAUGAGUAAUGUAAUUUCGUUCGCAAUCCACCUAUUCGAAUUACCUAUUAGAUUGAUUAUUCGAAUUUAUUGCCCGAAAUAAAGUUUUGUUGCUUGCCGUGGCCGUACGAUAGCUAAGAAAAAAUAUCUAGGCAUUUCCUCGAUGUCGUUUCAAAAUUUCUGUACUUCACUUUUCGGUCAGAAAUUUUCUGCAUCAUAUUCGUUGACAAAUUUUUUUAUAAGCGGUGAUAUUAAACUUUAAAUGCAAACUAAUCAUUCUAAGUAACUUUUAAUUAUAAAAAUACUGUACAACACUAUCUGGAUUAUUUACGAUGCACUUUAUUGAUUUAGAACAUUAUCCGUAAUUCAGCAGAUUAAAAAACCGUAAUAUUUGGUCAAAUUUACAUUGCGCAACGAGUAGGAUGAACCACUGGGAAAAAAGUCAGUACUUUCGAAGUGCAAGUAAAAAUUUUAGUUACUUUUAAUUUUUUAAACUUGGCCUUGCCACUGACAACGAAAUGAAAGCAAUAUAGUCCAUUUGAGCAAAUAAACAGCAUUGUUUGUUUGAUACUUACUUCUGUUGGUUAUUUUUCUAGCAAGUGGAAGUUAUUCAAUGAAACGAACCGGUUUCUAAAAUAUUCUGUAAUAUUUAUUAGUCGCUGUAUCACAGGGCCAGAAAUUAACUGAAAACGUUCUAAAUAAUCAAAAAAAAAAGUUCAGUAGAACCAAAAAGUUCAGUAGAAGUUAUCAUCAAGAACGUUAAGUUAUUGUUAACUGUCUCACGCCUUAAUGCUUAUUGUUAGCUUACUUGAGCUUCCUACUCUCUUGUAUUUAUUGAAUUUGUAAAGUUCUUUGUUUAUAAAUUUUAGUCACAUUACUCGAGCACAUUUUAAUUGUUGCUCGCUUCACUGCGUCCGUCUAUUCUGUGAUCAUUUACUAACUAAGAAAUUCAUCGUCCUGUAAUCAUGCCAUUAUUAUUAUAUUGAAAAAUAUACUCGUUUCAAUUCGCGUUGAAAACUUUAUGCGCUCUAUGAAUUACUGGAACUAUUUCUAUUAGUCUGCUAAUAAUUGAAUUGUUCGACUUACCUUAUUUUAGGUUUCUAAAAAAAUUAUUUACAGUAUUUCGUAUGCUAAUUUUCAUAACAAAUUUGCUAAUUGGCACUAGUGUGAUUGUUCAUUUAAUAAAUGUAUACAUUUAUAUUAAUUAAAUUCUAGAGUCGAAAUUAUUAUCAAUACAUGAGUUUAAUGAACCACGAUUACAUCGUUCGCUAUACAGUUCGUAACUGUUAUUUAGUUCGGUGAAUGGGUAUUCAUUAUUACCAGAACCAAAGGCUUUCUUAAUCAGUGUACCAAUCACCCGGUUAGUAAAAUACAAUUGCAUUUUUCUUUAUUAUAUUGUCUUUGUCUUGAAUAAUUGCCCUUGUUUUAUAUUGAGUGAUAUUUUUCAUUAACAUAUUACGUGGAGCGACCAAAUCUGUGCUUUUCUAUUCUGUGCAUGAACUUCUCUGCGAUCGCUUUUACGCAUAACCUUUCUACACCAUAUUUGCAAUAAAUUUGCUCAAACGUC